AUGGGCAGCCCCCGAGGGUCCGGCUUCCGGCCGGCGCCCGCGGCCCCCACCCUGCGGGCGGGAGGAGGCGGGGAGGUGGCUGCGCCCGCCGGCGCCGUGAGUCAGGCUGGGGCUGCAGCCGCGCGGCCGGCCUGGCGCUGCGGAGGGAGCGCAGGAGCGGGGACAGCGGCGCCGCCAGCCCCGCGCGCUCCCCCCGCCGAGGCUGGGCCGCCGGGACGCGGAGCGGCGGGCAGACAGCGAGCCGCCGGCCGGCGGAAGGACGCGCGGUCCGCGGCGCAGGGGUCGGUCCGCCCGCAGAGGAGUCGCCAGCAGAGUGUCCUUGUGCGUCUGUUUGUGGCACGGGCUGGGUGGCUCCCUGCGAGUGAGAGCAAGCGCUUGGGGUCCCGGCCGCCGCUCUGGGCCGGGGUUGGGGGCGGGGACGACGCGCACGAGUUUGGGGCGCCCGCAGUGGCCGUUUCCAUCCCCGGGGCGAUUGCGUCCGAGCCCGUGUGGCUGUGUGUGUCCACGCUGCGUGUCACAGUGCGGAGCUGUUUACCUGGAAGCAUCUCAGCACACGGGUGCGCCCCGGGGGUCUGGAGAGCCUUGGUGGCCGAUGUCAGCGUUGUCAGCCUGCAGGUGAUCCGGAGAGCUCUGCUCAUUCUGCCAGAUAGUGGCCAAGAUGCUGCCAUUGCCCAGGGCCCCAGCCAGUGCCCAGCGCCGCUGGGAGCCCCGGCUAGCACCACGGACGGCACCCAGGAAGCCCGAGUCCCCCUGGACGGGGCCUUCUGGAUUCCAAGGCCCCCGGCAGGCUCACCUAAGGGUUGCUUUGCCUGUGUAUCCAAGCCCCCGGCCCUGCAGGCUCCAGCGGCCCCAGCCCCUGAGCCCUCAGCAUCACCCCCCAUGGCGCCCACCCUGUUCCCCAUGGAGUCCAAGAGCAGCAAGACGGACAGCAUGCGGGCCUCUGGUGCCCCCCAGGCCUGCAAGCACCUAGCAGAGAAGAAAACUAUGACGAACCCCACAACGGUCAUUGAAGUCUACCCCGACACCACCGAGGUCAACGAUUACUACCUGUGGUCCAUCUUCAACUUCGUCUACCUCAACUUCUGCUGCCUGGGCUUCAUUGCGCUGGCCUACUCCCUCAAAGUUCGGGACAAGAAGCUUCUCAACGACCUGAAUGGAGCGGUGGAAGAUGCCAAGACAGCCCGGCUGUUCAACAUCACCAGCUCUGCGCUGGCCGCGUCCUGCAUCAUCCUUGUCCUCAUCUUCCUGCGGUACCCACUCACCGACUACUGAGCCCCCCCGGGCACCACUGGCCGUGGAGACAGGGCACUGGGACAUGUUUGUUUUCACGCCUGAUGUGACUCGGGAUGCCGUGUGGUUGGGGCAGAGCAGGGCGUGUGCCCUGGAGCCCCCCUGAAGCUGUGACCUGGGCAG